AUGAAGGAAUAUUUAGUGAUAUGUACCAGUAACACUGCUGCAACUCUCACAAAAAUACAGACAAUUGUAUUAGAUUUCUCAGAAUGCAUUAUUGAUACACCCUGCAAUACAACUGCAGACACCACAACAGUCACAUCAAGUACCUCAACAGCUGAUGAUACCACUUAUACAUCAACAGCUGCUGAUACCACUUAUACCUCAACAGCUGCUGAUACCACUUAUACCUCAACAGCUGCUGAUACCACUUAUAACCAUAUAACUGAAUGUAGCACUAUUGACCCAAAUUGUAAAAAAUCAACUGAUCAUACUACAUCUGUGUCGUUUAGUGAUGAGGAUGGGUUACUUCCCCUGACUUUAUAUGAAUGUGUUAUUCAGUUGACAGUAGACACAUAUACCAGUGCUAAGAGUGUACCGACACUGAUAUUUACCCAAGCUUCUGUCAUUGCAGGAACUAGAAAUGAAACAACAGAAAACAACGUUACAACAAACACAAAGGACAUCAACAUGGACAUGACAUUUUACGAUUUUAGUGCAGGAUAUGAUGAUUUCAGCUCUACAAGCGGAAUAUUGUCCGUUAGUCCAUUCCAAGUGACCAGUCCACUGGGUUCCUGGCUGUCUAUUUCCAGUGAUCCAACUGUAGAUACAUUCUCUGAAUGGUUUAGAUCAGCAUCAUCUAAUGUUGUAGUUCAAGGGGGAAUAACUCUAUCUUACGAUGACAGUAUUAUUACUUCAGAUGUUAGAAGAUAUUACACUAGCUCCUUCUUUCCUGUGGAUAACUCUGGUUAUGGAGCAGAAGGUCAAACAGAUUGUGGUGGAACACUUCAUAACUUUGCCUUCACAUCAGCCUUAAGAUGUGGUAUAACCUUCAGUGGGUCAGAGGUCAUAACUUUAGGUGGUGGAGAAGAACUAUGGUUAUUUAUAAACAAGAUACUGGUCGUUGAAAUUGUGAAAAAUAGGACAAAUUCUGAUGUACCUUGCCAGAAAAUUGAUUUGUCAGCAGCAAUAGGAGGAGGCUAUGUUAUACCAGAAGAAGGUGUUUUAAUAAAUGGAGAUUGUGUUGGGUUAUCUCCCCUUGCAAGUGCAACUGUAUAUGUUGAACUAGUGGUAGGAGAAACAUACCCAUUUGAAAUUUUCCAUGCAGAGCGACAUCCUUGUACAUCAGAGUUGUUUAUUCAGUUUGAGAAUGUAGAUCUCCCAGAGAAUGGAUCAUUACCAUUUAAUUAUCAUCUUACCCCAAAAGAAGAUCUUCAUCUGAAUGGAAUUGUGGGAAAUUUUAAUAUCUGGGAUAUUUUUGCUACAGGUCCAUCAUUUCAAGUUGAAUUAAUAUCAGGAAAUGAAGCACGACAUUUUACUCUAAAGGAAGACACAAUAGCUAACAGAAAUGCUGCAACAACAGUAACUCCACCUACUUACGAAUAUGUAUUUGUCACAGGCACAAAUGCGUCAUACGUUGAAUGUGCUUCCAAAGUAAUGAUUCCUGAACCAAGUACACCUGGAUCAGAAAUGUUUACUAUAAAUACCAGUAAAGUAUUGUUGACCUUGGUGACAGAAUUAGACUAUGAAGUGGAACAAACUUACACUCUUACUUUGAGAGUAGCAGAUACAGGCUCAGGGUUGACUGGUUCCCUUAUCAUAAGGGUUAGUGUACAAGAUGUGAAUGACAACUGUCCAAGUUUGACCAGUAUAUCGUACAUCACACCACGACCUAUCCUACAGUUAGAUCCUCUGUUUAAUGUACAGUCAAUGGAUUCUGACAGCGGGAUCAACGCUGAGACACAGGUCUACAUAUCACCUGUAAUGUAUGAAAGUCCACCAGUAGAUUACACUAACAUAUCUGAUAUCAGACGUCAGGUGUACAAUGGUAGCACAGAACUAACGUUAGAGAUAGUUGGGAUAGAUCAGGGGACACCACCAAGGGGUAGUGCUGUCAACGUUACAGUCAAUAUCAGUAAUACGUGUCUAAUAGAUGAGUGGUUAGAUAGAACUUAUAUGUUAUUCACAGUCAACCAAUCGUCUGGUGAUGUCUACCUCAGAAUACCAGGGUACUGGAUUAUUAAUUAUACCUGCUCAGAUUAUAUUGGUAUAUAUAAUGGGUUGAUAAGAGAUGAUCAGAUGUCAGCUUCUUCAUCCAGGAGUAAGCUGACCCUACCUGUCAGAGCUAGAUUGGGAAAUAAUGCGUCCGAUCCUGUUUUUGGUCCCCUUACUGGAGGAUGGGUAGCAGGCACCAAUGACCUUGACCAGUACAUAGAGGUCAACAUGGAAGAAUUCUAUCAGAUUAAACAGAUACAUUUACAAGGCCAACAAGAUGAAGCUAAUUGGGUUACAUCAUUCAGAGUUUAUUAUUUUCAUAAAACAGCAGGAAACUGGAUACUUUACAAAAAUGAUCGCGGGGAAUUUAUAUUUUUGGGUAAUAAUGACCAGGAUACUAUAAGGACUACAGAUCUUGUUCCACCAAUAGUGUCUCAGUAUAUCAGAAUUAACCCCAGGAAUUGGACAAACAACAUAGGAUUAAGGAUGGAGUUGUCUGGAUGUCCUCUAGCACUACAGUAUUAUUAUGAUACCAGUUGUGAGAGGUGUUAUACCUCCUCUUAUUGCCUGGGAGAUGGAGAAACACAUAUGUGUGGACGAUGUGAGAAUGCAACUGACCCAUGUGAUAGAAGUCCUACAGAACAUUCAUUUGGUGCACAGUCAGAGUGUUUACCUUGUCUGGAUGGUUGGAUAUGUAAGGAUGGUUACGCCACACCAUGUGCUAAUUUUACAUAUGUAUUGGGAUGUAAUGAUACAUACUGCCCUGACACAUGUACACUUUGUGAGCCUGGACAUGCAUGUAGAGGUGGCCAGAGAUACGUUUGUCUCCCAGGAACUUAUUCUAAGGGCACCGAUGAAUUUUGUUCCAUAUGUACAGAAGGAUUAUAUCAGGAUGAGGCGGGCCAAUCAGAAUGUAAAAAAUGUCUGUCUGGUUACUAUAGCAGCAAGUCAAAAGACCGCUGUAAUGCAUGUGACGUUGGAUCAUAUAGUCUUGGUGACGGGAAAGUAGGAUGUAUAGCCUGUACUAGUACUACAGAAUGCCCUUGUAUGGGAAAUACAGCCUGUUUUAAAGCUGGGGGAAGUAGAGCAGGAUGCAUAAACAAAGGAGCAGGCAGUUAUGAGUGUCUAGACUGUCCAGUAGGAUUCAUUGGUGAUGGAGUAACCUGUGCUGAUAUAGAUGAGUGUGCAUUACAUCAUCCCUGUUGGAACACAUCAGCCUGCAUAAACACAGUUCCUGGUUACCAGUGUCUAGCAUGCCCAUAUGGAUAUACUGGUACCUAUGAAGAUGGACUGGCAUGGAAUAAUACAGUCCGAGUGUUUGAGCUAAUGAACCAAGAGUUAGCUCCCCUACAGGAACAGAUUUGUGUUGAUAUUAAUGAGUGUCUAACAGAUAACGGCAGAUGUGAUCCAUUGUCUCCAUGCUUUAAUACUAUAGGUAGUUACUACUGUGGGUUUUGUGCAGAAGGGUAUGCUGGUAUACCAAGUAUUAACUGUUACUCUUCUAACUACUGUCAGACUGGACAACACACCUGUUCACAGUAUGCUACCUGUAUUUACCUAGGACCAGGGGAGUAUUCUUGUGAGUGUAACAUUGGAUACACAGGUACUGGUAAAUACUGUGGUUUUGAUUCAGAUUUAGAUGGACACCCAGACAUAACAUUACCAUGUACAGACUGGGGUUGUUAUCGGGAUAAUUGUCGGAUGAAACCAAAUUGUGGACAAGAAGAUGCUGAUGGAGACAGAAUCGGUGAUGAUUGUGAUAACGACUCAGAUAAUGAUGGCACUAUCGAUCCUUUAGAUAACUGUCCGUAUGUACAUAGUUGGGAUAGAACAGAUACUGACAGUGAUACAGUAGGUGAUGUGUGUGAUAACUGUCCGUCCGUCACUAACACAGAUCAGAUAGAUACAGAUAAAGAUGGAGUUGGUGAUGCCUGUGAUACUGAUGAUGACAAUGAUGGUAGACCAGAUGGUACAGAUAAUUGUCCAUUGAAAACCAAUCCAACACAAGUGGACUCAGAUGGUGAUAAUGUUGGUGAUGUUUGUGAUAAUUGUAUAAGUAUAGGAAACCCUGCCCAGACAGAUACAGAUCAGAAUGGAUAUGGUGAUAGCUGUGAUCCCACUAUCAAUAAGGACAGGGAUGGAGAUAGUGUCCUUGACAUCGGUGACAAUUGUCAGGAGGCAGCUAAUGGUGAACAGACAGAUACAGAUGGGAAUGGUAUAGGAGAUGUUUGUGAUCCUGAUUUAGAUGGUGAUGGUAUCAACAACUCUGAUGAUAAUUGUCCGUACCUACAUAACUCUCUACAGGCAGAUAUCAACGGAGACCAGGUUGGUGAUGAUUGUGUAGUUGACUCUGAUGGGGACGGUGCGAAUGACAGUAAUGAUACCUGUCCAUAUAACAAAUAUAUAUCUACAACUUCCUUCUCUGAUUAUUUCUCUGUUGAUCUGUAUCCUGGUUACAGUAUAGAUCCUGAAUGGAGAGUAAAGGCAGUAGGCAGGGAGAUAUACCAGUUAGCUGAUACUAUGAAACCAGUCAUGUUAAUAGGUGAGCAGACAUAUGGGUCUAUGAAAUACAGUGGAACUGUUUAUGUACCAUCAGACAAGGGAGAUAACUACAUUGGAAUAGUGUUUGGUUAUGUUAACAAUAGGAAGUUUUAUCUCUUGUCAUGGAAACCAACUAAUUACAAUUUUGAAACUACAACUUUUCAGACUGGUCUUAAAGGACUCAACUUAAAGGUAGUGAACUCCAAUACUGGUCCUGGACAAACAUUAGCUUAUGCUCUAUGGCACAGUAGUACAACAGUGAACCAGGUUACAGUACUAUGGCAGGAUGGUAACAUGACAAGAUGGAGUAAUUACACAUCAUAUAAAUGGUUCCUAUGGCAUUAUACAGAUUUAAAUAAGAUCAGAUUCCAAUUGUAUGAUGUAGAUUCAUUAUUAGCUGACAGUGGUGACAUCUAUGACACCAGUAUAACUGGAGGUCGUGUUGGAGUGUACCAGUUUGGCCAGGAAUCAGUUUUAUGGUCUGAUCUGAAGGUCCAGUGCCUCCCCAGAGACAAUAAAGCUUUGUAUCUUGAUGGAGUGGAUGAUUAUAUUGUACUUACCAAUAUCACUCGUUUAGACAUUUAUCAAAGUUUUUCCGUUGGACUAUGGAUUAAGGUAGACUCAUUGGCAGGGGGUGAUAUGCCAUUAUUUUGUACAGACACUAGAACUAUAUGUUUAUGGUUAGAUGGAGGUGUUGUACAUGGAUCUUACGGAAACAAUACAGUAACAUCAACAUCCACUAUCAAUACAAACCAAUGGAUCAGUUUAUUGUACAUAUAUGAUGAAUCAGAAUACUCAAUGACUUUGUAUGUGAAUGGAAACUCAGUUGGUGUAACUAGUGAUGUUACUCCUAUUGACCUGACACAAUAUACCACAGAUGAAGAUACUUUAUUUUACCUGGGGAAAAACUCCAAUAACUUCUAUAAAGGCUAUGUUGAUGAGUUUGUGUUUUAUAAUGUGGCACUGUUAGGAACAGAGGUUAAUGAUCACAUCCAUUUACCUUCAAUCACAAAAUAUCCAACAUACCACAGAUAUGGGCAGCUAUACUAUAAAAUUGAUCAGACUACUGGUACCCUGUAUCUUAGAGAUGAGGGACUACUUGAUGUACCAGGUCAAAUACAUGGAAGUCCUAUAUUUGAAGAUAGCAUCCAGGAUUAUAGCAGAUUUAAUUUGGAAUAUCCUGAUAAUUAGCAAGGAAAUUGAUUUACGUUAUUAUUAAGGACAGAAGUUCCGGAAGAAAAUAUCAACAUAUUUGGGAGAUAUGAUACUAUGGGCCACGGCAAUUUUACCUUGUUUGAAGAACUGUUAUUAGAUAUAUUGAAUGAAAUAAACUGAAUCUGUGAUAUAUUUUAUA